AUGUCUACGGCAACAAUCCCAGUGCCUAACGGCACGGCUGAUAAGAAACCAAGAGUCAGCACCAAGAAGGAAUUCAAGAUUCUCAUGCUACAUGGCUACACGCAAUCGGGACCCCUCUUCCGCUCCAAGACGCGCGCGCUCGAGAAGCUCCUAGCCAAGGCUCUCACGCCCCUGAACCUGACCCUGAACUGCAUCUACCCCACCGCGCCAAUCAAGCUCAACCCCGCCGACAUCCCCGGCUACCAGCCGCCGGCGGACGACGCCGAGGACGUGCCGGCGCCGGACUCGUGGGCCUGGUUCCGCCGCCGCGACAAUCCGUCAGACGCCGACAGGCCGUCCUACGUCGGCCUCGACGAGGGCAUGUCGGCCAUAGCCUCGACGCUCCGCUCGUCCGGCCCCGUCGAUGCCGUCCUCGGCUUCAGCCAGGGCGGCGCCGUCGCCGCUCUCGUCGCCGCCGCCCUGGAGACGCCGCAUCGUGCGGUCCCCGCCGACCAGGCUGCCUGGGUGACGGCCCUGCGCGAGGCCAACGACGGUCGCGGCCUGCGGUUCGCGGCCGUGUACUCGGGCUUCUUCGCCGUGGACGAAUCGCUGGCCUGGUGCUUUGAGCCCAAGAUCCGGACGCCGACCAUCCAGUUCAUCGGCAGCCUCGACACGGUCGUCGACGAGGGCCGCAGCCGGGCGCUGGUCGACCGCUGCGAGGAGGCGGCGGUCGUGGUCCACCCAGGCGGCCACUAUGUGCCCAUCUCGAAGGAGUGGGCCAUGGCGCUGGCGGGGUACGUCAAGCACCAUGCGCAGGACCUAGAGGCUGCCAAGAUGUAG